CCAGAUAAUGUUGGUAAGUUGUUGGAAUGUAUUUCGUUGACAGGAGAUUGCCACUAUUCACAAAAGGCAAAGCGUUGGUUACAAAUUACAAUGCGCAAUACCAUUUGUUUUAACUACGUGGUCGUCUCAUAAAGCGUGCGACCGGAAAUUAUUCUCUUCGCCUUCUUACUGGUCUUCUCAUGGCGACUCCUGCUUGCUCAGAAGAUUUUUGGAGAUUUGUCAAGAACGGGGCCCCGGAUAAUGCAAAUGGGUUGAUUCUUGAAUCAGUGAGAGAGUCUCUGAUUCGGCAGGAGGACACCAUUGUCUUUAAUCUCAUUGAGAGAGCCAAAUUCCCGCUUAAUUCUCCGGUUUACGAUGAGCCUUGUGCACAAAUUCCUGGCUGUUGCGGAUCCCUUCUUGAGUUCAUCGUGAAAGAAACAGAAUCGCUUCAAGCCAAAGUAGGUAGAUAUGAAAGCCCAGAGGAAAAUCCUUUCUUCCCAGAUGCUUUACCCCCACCAGUGGUUACCCCUUAUAACUACCCGCAGGUAUUACAUCCUGCAGCUGCUUCCAUUAACAUAAAUAAGACCAUAUGGAAUAUGUAUGUGAAGGAACUCCUUCCACUUUUUACUGUUCAAGGUGAUGAUGGUAACUAUGGAUCCACUGCUUCCAGUGAUGUCCAGUGUUUGCAGGCCCUCUCUAGAAGGAUUCAUUAUGGAAAAUUUGUAGCUGAAGUCAAAUUCAGGGAUGCUCCACAGGACUAUGGGCCUGCAAUCCGUGCUCAGGACAGAGAUGCUCUGAUGAAACUUUUGACAUUUGAGAGUGUUGAAGAGAUGGUGAAAAGAAGGGUUGAGAAGAAGGCAAUGGUUUUUGGACAAGAGGUGAACCUAGGUGACAGGGGGGACAAGGGAAACUACAAGCUUGACCCAUCCAUUGUUUCUCGCCUUUAUGGAGAAUGGGUGAUGCCUCUGACUAAGGAUGUUCAAGUUGAGUAUCUCCUCCGUCGCCUUGAUUGAAGCUUUUGAAUCAUGUAUUGACACAACUUAAAAGCCUGAUGAGUUGCAAUUGGCAAAUAAUUGUUCCUGAUGCAUUCCCAAAAUGUCAUGCUACAUAUGAUAGAUAAAAGCAUGCGUUUAUAAAUAUUAAGAAAUAAACUUAAGAUUCUAUCAGAAGCUCAACUUUAAACAA